AUGGACAUGGCCUUAGUUUUUUUAUCUCUAGCCAAAAACAAUCUGAGUGGUGUCAUUCCAAAUUCUACCUGUGAGGCAAGUAAUUUGCAAGUAUUAGAAUUGUCAAAUAAUAAGCUUAGUGGUAAGAUUCCUUCCAACUUAGGUCAAUGCUCCAAGCUCUUUGUGUUAAAUCUAGAAAAGAAUGAUCUCAAGGGCACAAUUCCAAAUAUAUUUGCAAAUGUGACUUCUCUAGAUACAUUGAAACUAGGUCUCAAUAGGCUAAAAGGGAACAUGCCAUCAUCCCUUGCAAAUUGUGGCUCUUUGGAAAUCUUAGAUUUGAGAAAUAACAAUAUUCAUGGAGGCCUUUCUACUUGGAUUGAAAGUUUUCAAAGUCUUGGCAUAUUAGUACUUAAAUCUAACAAAUUUGUGGGCAAGAUACCCUUGGAAUUCUCAAACUUGUUAAAUCUUCAGAUCUUGGAUUUGUCAAGCAACAAAUUUUCAGGCAUUAUUCCUAUUGACUUUAUGAGCUUAACUGAAAUGGCAAAUCAGACAGAAAGCACAAAAACUCUUGAAUAUCAAGCUUCCAUAGGUGUAACAUAUACAAAUCAAAUGAUCAUUGCGAACAAAGGACAAGUUAUAGAGUAUGCAAAAAUAUUGGGAUUAGUGAAAUCUCUUCAAUUAUCAAACAACAAUUUAUCAAGUAAAAUACCUUGGCAUACUGAAUCUCUCAAAGGAUUGAUUAUUCUCAAUUUUUCAAGAAUUCAUUUUAAUGGAGAGAUUCCAAAUUCAUUGGGAAGCAUGGUACAACUAGAAUCACUUGAUCUGUCAAAAAAAGAAUUGUCUGGAACGUUUCCAGCUAAACUCCAACAAUUCACAUCUUUGAAUUACUUUAAUGUGUCUUAUAAUAAUCUAUCAGGAAUGAUACCACAGGGAAGACAAUUGAUAACAUUUGAUUCCUCAUCAUUCUCCAACAAUUUAGGUCUAUGUGGCCUGCAAAACAAGAUUUCAUGCUCGGGAAGUCAUCAUAAUCCUGUUUCUCCCAGUGAUAAAGAAGAUACAACAACAGUGGAGGAUAAUAUAUUGUGGGAUGUGGGAAUGGGAAUGGGUAAUGCUUUUGGGUUUUGUGUUAUUCCAAAUCUUGGAGUGCAAAGUGCUUCGGAAUUAUGGAUGCCAUGA